AUGAACUUCCACACUCUCCUUUUCGCCCUUUUAUUGGUGUCCUACGCUGCGGCUGGAAUUGACUUCAGUACUUGUGCUAGAAUGGAUGUUCCAGUUCUUGAUAAAGCUGCUCGUGGACUUUGCAUCACAAGUUGCAGUAUGCAGAACUGUGGAACCGGAUACUGUGAGAAACGCAGUGGAAGACCAACUUGUGUCUGCAGUAGAUGUGCGAAUGGAGGAGGAAAUAUUCCACUCGAUUCACUGAUCAAAAGAGGAAAACGAUAA